ACCUAGACAGGGGAAAAAAAACAUUUGCAUACACGAAAACAUUCAAACCAAACCAAUUUAGACCAUUGGAAAUUAGGGUUUGAGUUUUUAGGUUACUUGCACUCUCGCAGUCACUCACCACUCUCUUAGCCUCUCUCACAUAGUCGCCGUCGGUCACUCGGUCUAUCUCCUUGGCUCUCACUCCGACGGAGAUCAACGGCUCCUCUCUCAGUCACUCACUACGGCGGAUCCGCGGAGGUCAACAACUCCUUCUCUAUCAGUCACUCACUAAGGCGGAAUCGCGGAGGUCAACCAUCGUCGUCGGCGAGUAGAUCUACAACUUCAAGCAGAAGCAGAAAGCACAUCGAAAAUGGCGGAGAUAUUGAGUUUAGGUAUUCUCAUUGAUAUUGUUGAUGAAGAUUGGAUGAGAGAUACUCUUCCGGAUGAUGAGAUUGUCUUACCACCAAUUGCAGUUGUUCGGACUGAAGAUGCCGACGAACCCAGGAUUGCAAUUCAUAAAGAUGGGAAAAUAUAUUUUUCUGAAGCAAGUAUCAGCCUAUUACUUCCUCAUAUUAAGAUGCCUUAUGUAUAUAUUAAUAUUAUCAAGGCUCUAUGCUCCUUGUUUGCCUUUGGAUGUAAUAUAUUUUGUAAUUAUGAUCUCUGGUAUAUAUGCAAUCUUGUUUACUAUUCUAUAACAUUCAUUAUUAUGGAAUACUGUUUUUGUUUAUGCCAUUUACAUUAGUUAUAUUUCUUCUCUUACUUAGUAUGUCAAAGUUUGUUUGGCUCAGAUCUA